CGACGAGGAGGAAGAAGACGACGAGGAGGAAGCGGAGGACGAAGAGCCGGACGACGAGGACAGAGCCGCCGCCGCGUCCCGACACGCGCCGCGCCCCGCCUCGCCGCCGAUGCCCCCUGCGCCGCAGCAGCCCCACGAGUGGACCUACGAGGAGCAGUUCAAGCAGCUGUACGAACUGGACACCGACCCCAAACGCAAGGAGUUCUUGGACGAUUUGUUUGGCUUCAUGCAAAAGAGAGGGACUCCCGUGAACCGCAUCCCCAUCAUGGCCAAGCAAGUCCUGGACCUCUACACCCUGUACCGGCUGGUAACCGAGAAGGGGGGCCUGGUGGAAGUCAUCAACAAGAAGAUCUGGCGCGAGAUCACCAAAGGCCUCAACCUGCCCACCUCCAUAACCAGCGCUGCUUUCACCCUCCGCACGCAGUACAUGAAAUACCUCUAUCCCUACGAGUGCGAGAAGCGGGCACUCAGCUCCCCCGGCGAGCUGCAGGCCGCCAUUGACAGCAACCGGAGGGAGGGGAGGCGGCAGGCUUUUGGGACCACGCUCUUCAACUACUCCCCGGUGGGCACGCCGGGCGUCCUGGCCUCGCCCAAAAUACCUCUGCCCUCCCUCACCAUCUCCGCGCACAACUGCAGCCAAAUCAGCCAAGUGCACAACAUCAAAAAAGAGGAGAGCAUCCUUUCCUCCGCGGUCCCCGGCCGCCUGGCCAUCCCUGUCAGCCUGGCCGGGCACCACUUGGUGGCUGCGCAAGCGGCCGCGUCCCAGGCGGCCGCCCUGGAGCAGCUGCGGGAGAAGCUGGAGGCGGGCGAGCCCCCCGAGAAGAAGAUGGCCCUGGUGGCCGAGGAGCAGCAGCGACUGGUACAGCACGCCCUCCAGCAGAACCUCCUGGCCAUGGCGUCGCAGUUCCCGGUCAACAUCAAGAUCAACAACCGCGGAGAUGACAGACAGGAGGCUGCAUUGAACCUGUCCAGCAAUGGCAUUAGCAGCAUCAACAUGUCAAUAGAAAUAAAUGGAGUUGUCUACACAGGUGUGCUGUUUGCCCGGAGGUCUGGCGUUGCAGGCAGUGCCGGGGGUGCCCACAGCCACAUCAGCCCCGUGACCUCGCAGAGCCAGCUGCUGUCCACGGCGCCACGGGGCCACACUCCGGCCAGCACUUCGCCGUGAGGGGAGACGUCCCGGGAGCCUCCUGCCUCCACCCCUCGACCUGGCGCCAGAGACAACGCCACGGUUGCCCUGUGCCAGGGCCCAGCAGAGGGCACCCAGGGUUGUGGCUGAGUGGGGCUGGGUGCUGUGGCCCCAUCCUUUCCUGGGGAGGGGUGGGAUUUCUGGGCAGGAUGGAACGAGACGCUUGAGCAGAGAGCUUUGGAGAGGACUUGAGGGGACUUGGGGGAGGAGGAGGAGGUUGGGGAGACCUCGAGGCUGGACUCUGGACUCCACUCGGGCACCCGAGAAGACUCAGCGGCGGCUGGGGGUGCUUCCUGCAUCCGCUCCCCUCCCCUAUCAAAUACGCACAGUCGCAUACCCAGCACAAGCAUGCUGUUCGCACACACAACACCUCACAUCUUCAACAUGACAUAGCUCAGGGCUGGGCAGCCCUCCUGAGCCCGAGGCCUCGCUCUCGCCUGCCCCACGCCAGGCUGGGGGGUG